GAUGAACCAUCAAGUGAGGAGAGUGAUCUAGAAAUUGACAAUGAAGGUGUAAUUGAGCCAGACACUGAUAACCCUCAAGAGAUGGGAGAUGAAAAUGCAGAGGUAACUGAGGAGAUGAUGGAUCAAGCAAAUGAAAAGAAGGGGGCUGCCAUUGAAGCCCUAAAUGAUGGUGAGCUGCAGAAAGCAAUUGACUUGUUCACUGAUGCCAUCAAGCUAAAUCCUCGCUUGGCUAUUCUGUAUGCCAAGAGAGCCAGUGUGUUCGUCAAAUUACAGAAGCCAAAUGCUGCUAUCCGAGACUGUGACAGAGUCAUUGAAAUUAACCCUGAUUCAGCUCAGCCAUACAAGUGAAGAGGGAAAGCACACAGACUCUUGGGUCACCGGGAAGAAGCAGCUCAUGAUCUAGCUCUUGCCUGUAAACUGGAUUAUGAGGAGGAUGCCAGUGCAAUGCUGAAAGAGGUUCAACCUCGGGCUGAAAAAAUUGCUGAGCAUCGGAGAAAAUAUGAGCGAAAACGUGAAGAGCGAGAGACAAGUGGGCCAUAUUUUGUAAGCCUAAAAGUUUUUGGCUAA